AUCAUAAAUAUUUUAUUAUGUAGUCAUAAAAUUAGUUUGCAUUAUUCGGUAAUGCUCAAGUAAAUGAACCGGAGUAAAACAGUGAAAUCAAGAAGAAAAGAGAUGAUUUCGCAACCGAAAUCAGAUCCAGGGACAGAAACGCCAUCCUCAACAAUAAAAGAUUAGCUUAAAAUAAUUAAAACACCUCAAUUCAAGAGUAGUUAUCAUUGAUCCCACAAACACUUCCCUUUGAUAUCCAAUAGGCUUUGAAAACCCAACAAGAAGUCUUAACAAAAAGAACAUUCACUUUCUAAGAUUUCCCUGACAUUUUAUAAAAAAUAUAUUCCACAGAUGUCAUUCAACUUCAUUACGGUGUCACCGGACUAAGGAAAAUGCUCUCUGUUGAGAGUGGAGCCCCAAUCCAACAAGUAAUUGAUGCAAAUUUGGUGCCAAAGUUGAUAGAAAUCAUUCAAAAAGAAUAAAUUCCUUAAUUGGUCCUCGAAGCAGCCUGGGCACUUACAAACGUCGCAAGUGGAACCACCCAACAAACCUAAUCGAUCAUAGAUAAAGGAGGAAUUUACCUGUUUGUUAAAUUACUAAGUUCUCAAUACAGAGACAUCGCAGAAUAAGCAGUUUGGGCAAUAGGAAACGUCGCAGGAGAUUGCACACAGUAUAGAGAUCUAAUCUUGAAGGUGGGAGGAGUUGAUCCCUUAAUCAAUAUUAUUUAAAAUGCUUAAAAUAAAAACACGAUCAAGCACUGCACUUGGUCACUGAGCAAUCUGUGUCGAGGCAAACCCAUCCCAGAAUUCAAGUAUGUCAAAAAUGCAUUGCCUGUAUUCUGUAAAGUCAUCAUUGAUGAGACUGACCCAGAGGUAUUGACUGACGCAUGUUGGGCUUUGUCAUACCUUAGUGAUGGAGACAACAGCAGAUUACAGACUGUUAUCGAUUCCCAAGUAGUGCCAACCUUAAUCAAAUUAUUAGAUCACUCAUCUCUUUAGCUCGUCAUCCCAACCUUAAGAAUUUUAGGUAAUGUUGUUACUGGAGAUGAAAAUUAAACUACUUAUGUGCUCAACUAAGGAUUGUUGCAGAAGAUUCUUAAAUUGCUCUCAAAUGAAAAAAAAGCCAUCCGAAGAGAAACUUGUUGGACAAUCUCCAAUAUUACAGCUGGAAGUAGCAAUCAGGUUUCUCAAGUAGUCAGAGAUGUUUCCAUUCUUGAGAAGCUGUUCACUCUCAUGACGACUGAUUACGAAGAGAUCGUGCGAGAAGCUACUUGGGCCAUUGCCAAUACAACUAAGAAUGGAAGUAACUCUGACAUUUAAUUGUUGGUCUAAAAAGGAUUGUUUAAUGUCUAUAAACACAUAUUGGAGGGUGAGGACACUCAAACUAUGACUGUUGUUCUUGAAGCUUUGUUUAAUGUGUUAAAAAGAGGUGAUUAAGAUUUCUAGGAUGACAAUUAUUAUUUAACUACCCUUGAACAAAUGGGAGUAAUUAAGAGAAUAGAAGAGUUGCAAAAGCAUGAGAAUCAAAAUGUCUAUUUGAAAUGUUUCAAUAUCUUAGAAUAAUAUUACGAAGCUGAAACUGAAUUAUGAUGUAUUAUCUAUUAAGAGAUUCUAGAUUUAUUUUUUUAUUUUCUA